AUGCCAAGGCUCAGCGCCGCUUCUCUCGGCGUCUUGGCCCUCGCCGGCUUCCGCCCUCUUGUCUCGGCCGAAUGCACCCGCGAAGCCCUCUUCGCCGCCGCGGAAACCUACAUCGAGGCGCAAAUCGCCGGUGACGCAUCGGGACUCGCACUCGCCGACGAUUUCACAUACGUCGAGAACAACAAGGACGGCUCCAUCGCAUCAGGCCUCCUCAGCAAGGCCCUCGCGCUAGAAUACAACCGCACGACGGUCGACACGACGCAGUGCGCCAGCUUCACGCAGCUCAUCUCGACGAAGGGGCCGUACGUCAUUGCCACGCAGAUCUGGCACGCGAGCGAAGGGGAGGCGGGAAGCAUUUCCAAGAUCGACACGAUUGCUGCCACGACUGGGGAUUUGUUCUUCAACGCGGCUACGACGCUGGAAUACAUCAGUGGUCAUGACUGGAGCGAGGUGCCUGAGGCGGAUCGCGUGGGCCGCGAUAAGCUGAAGGAGGUUGGAGACUUGUAUUUGGACAUGUGGACGGAUGCGAAGGCGGCGGAUCAGAUCCCCUGGGGCACGGAGUGUGAGAGGGUAGAGGGGUCGAUGAGGGUGAAUCCUUGCGGCGGGACGUUGCCGAGGGGCGGGAGCUCUAAGGAGAAUGGGAUGAGGAGACCCGAGUUGGACAAGCAAAAGCAACUUCCCACACAGGAAAUGGCCUAG